CGUCCCGCCCAGAGUGGCUUCCCCCAUUCGCUCUCGCCUUCAUAUGCCCUUCUGACCCAUCGUCUCUCACCUCUUGAUAAGCCGUCACCGACCUCACGUUUCAGCACGACUCACCCGUCGCCCACGCCUUGCCAUUUGCCUGUUCGAACACCCUCACAUUUGCUAAAUUGCCCCUUGGUCCCCAGUUCGCUGCUAGGCGAAAGCGAGGACCCUUCUCCCAAGAUUUAAACAUUAGACCACCGAUUUUCGUCUGCCAUCCUAAACGUCUAACCAUGCCGUCAUCCAUCCUCUCCCCCAUCGCCCCGAGCCGCUCCAAGGAAGACCUCUUCCACGCGCUUAACUGGUCCGAAUCCAACGAAGCCCACCGCCACCUCUACAUGCUGAUGAUGGAAGAGGCGAACCACGGCCGUGAGCGCGCCAUCCAUCGUGAGCAUCUCCUGCACGGGUACCAGGCCACCACGCACGUCACUGAGACGAGCAAGCACAUAGAGAUUCAGGAGAUCUUCCGGACCGCGAGCCCUGCGACGCGCUCCGUGUACAAUCUCGGCGUGCGCUACGACGGGGAGAAUUGGGAGAAUUGGAUCAUUCGGUGGACGCUUUGGCAUUCGUUUCGCUAUCGUGAUGAUCGGAAUCGGAAUCGAUAUAGUGCGAAUUACUACCCAUGCGGCGAUGCGGCGGCCGCGCAGCACGCGGCGUAUGCGCCUCAUGCGUACUACGCACAAACGGCGCACACUGGUACUUCGUACUAUGACCCUGUGAGGGACACUUAG